GUACGGAGUAAGGGUUACCUGGAGGCGGCGGCCUCGUCUCAUGCAAUACCUGCGGGAGAGGGGGAAGCUGAGCGCUGCCGACAUCCUGGUGAAGGCGAGCCCCGAGCUCCCCGGGAGACAGGCCGACGUCUGGCUCGGCGGCAGCCCUAACUCUCGUAGGUGCAGAGACACGUCCGAGUAGACGACGUCGCCUCCGAGGACGAAGAGGGGAGCAUCUUUGAGGAUGAAAGCAUGAAGCUACGACAGCUGAAACUAGAGAAUCAGAGAGCUCUUCUAGAGAAGAAGCAGAGGAAGAAACGUCUUGAUCCCUUGAUGGUACAGCCAAAUCCUGAGGCAAAGCUGCGUAGGUCAAAGCCCAAAGGGUGUGAGGAGCAGGCUCCUUUAGUAGAAACUCCUACCCCUUUCCACAGUGAUGUUAUUUUACAUGGCAUUGAUGGACCAGCUGCUUUUCUGAAAUCGGAAGUGCAAGAUUUGGGGACCAAGCUCCAAACUCUCUCUGCUGGAUCUUCCAAAACAGAAGACAAUGCAGAUCAGGAAAAUGAUGGAGAGGCUCUAACAGACACAGCAGGCAAGCCAGAUCUGCAAGAAAUCUUACAGAAACGAGGAAUUUCAGGCAGUUUGAAUUUUGAUGAGGAGGACACAGAAGAGGAGGAAACUAGUAAGACGCUGGCAUCUCAUUCACCGUAUCCUGAAUCUGAGAGGCCUAGUUCUGCAAACAGUGAGAAAUCUUUUGCAGAAACAGGUGCUUCCUGUAGUCCAUCCCCUCAGGCAGAUGCACAGCUGGGAGAAGUAGAGAACUUGGAGGAUUUUGCAUUACGCCCUGCACCCCGUGGUAUUACAAUAAAGUGUCGAAUCACUAGAGAUAAGAAGGGAAUGGACCGGGGCCUCUUCCCUACUUAUUACAUGCAUCUGGAAAGGGAUGACAACAGAAAGACGUUCCUUCUUGCAGGGAGAAAACGAAAAAAGAGCAAAACGUCCAAUUACCUCAUAUCAGUUGACCCAACUGAUUUAUCCCGGGAAGGAGAAAGUUUCAUUGGAAAACUCAGGUCAAACCUCAUGGGAACUAAAUUUACAGUCUAUGACCAUGGAGUUAGCCCAGUCAAGGCACAAGGUCUAGUGGAAAAGGCUCAUACAAGACAGGAGCUUGCAGCUAUUUGUUAUGAAACCAAUGUGUUAGGAUUCAAGGGUCCCAGAAAAAUGUCUGUGAUCAUUCCAGGAAUGAAUAUGAAUCAUAAGCGAAUUCCAAUCCGUCCACGAAAUGAACAUGAGAGUCUGCUGUCAAAAUGGCAAAACAAAAAUUUAGAGAACCUCAUUGAGUUGCACAACAAGGCUCCAGUCUGGAACGAUGAUACUCAAUCCUAUGUUUUGAACUUCCAUGGGAGAGUCACUCAGGCCUCAGUGAAGAACUUCCAGAUUGUCCAUGACAAUGACCCUGACUACAUUGUGAUGCAGUUUGGUCGUGUAGCAGAAGAUGUGUUCACUCUGGACUAUAAUUAUCCUCUCUGUGCUCUUCAGGCCUUUGCUAUUGGACUCUCCAGCUUUGAUAGUAAAUUGGCCUGUGAAUGAGAGACAACUGACUUGAAACGUGGAACGCCCUCCCAUCCCUGCAUCUUGUUGUAAGAGUUCCAGGUGGAGUAAUGAAAAGCACAUUGGGGAUGGAAGGGAACUGGAGGACAGACUUCUGCAGGAUUAUUAGAAAGCAAAUACCAGGCCUCAGUGCAUUAUAGUAGUUGACAGUAGACCAUUUUAGGAGACUGUCCCAAGACUGAGCAGUCUCUGUACGCAUUGUGGAAGAACAAGAAAUAUGGGUGAUGUUUUUGUUGUCGGUGUUGAUUCUGCUUUCAGAAUCUUUGUAACAGAUGCUGCAUGAGAGCAGGCUAAGGAAUUUAGCCCGCUAAUUGGAACCCCUUGCAGCUAGGAUUAGAAAAAUAAUAGUUUAGUGUUCAUGUAUCUUGGAACUUCCACAGUGCCCCUGGAGAUGAUGCUACUGAUCUGAUGAGGAACUCUUGAAUUCCUGAUCAGAUGAAUUCAGAAAAAAAGGAGGACCGUUAUUGGCACGUGUUCUCCUUUGCCCUGUGUAGCAUUUUGCUGUCUGUCACAACAGUCAGACAUGGAAGGAUUCAGGUUAUGGCUCUGUGCAACUGUAGGUAAUGUUCAACAAAUACAGAGCUGGAAUGAGACAUUGGCUCUAAUAAAACACUUUUCUCUUACUUUGUGGGAUGAUUCUCUAAGGCUGAUAGUCCAGUUCCCUUUCAUUAUUCUAAUUAUUCCAUAUCCCUUGACAGUCUUUUUACCAAAUAAAGAACAAUCAAUCUCAAAUGCUUCCUUUUUAGUUGGUGAUAUUGUAUCCAUUGCUGUUUCUGUUAUUCUUAACCAUGUGAAAAAUGAGACUGAAGAGAUGAUGGAAUCUGACUGGAUUUGGCAGAAGAUAGUAUUGUAACUAUAUACAGUACUAUUCCUGAAAAGCAGUGUUCUGGUUGACUGAAUCUAGACUGUAAGCUGAUUAGAAAUAUUUUUUUUGUCCACUGUUUGUAAAAUUUUCUACAUUUUUAGGAAUAAGUUAGUGACUGAUUUCAUUUUUUUUCUUUUUUUAACGUGAGAUUAUAUCAAGUCAUGACAUAAAUAAUGUUAACCUGAUUAUAAGAAGGUGUUACCUCAAAAGGAGAUUACAGGUGUUUUCGAAGGCAUCAGUAAGUUUAAAAAAAAUUAAUAAAUGUAUCAUGGGGCUUUGCAA